AGGAAAACAGUUGCGGCAGCAGCAAAGGACAUUGAAACAGCAAGCCGGGCGAGAUCAUGUCCCAACAGGAGGAAACAGAGGAUUGGCACCACUAUGGGACAUGAUUGCACUGACAAAGGAUGCAUAUAUGGGCAAAAUGGAGUACAACCCGUGUGUGAAAUGCGGCCGCAGGGGACACUCAGGUCGAGAUUGCAAAGCAAGAAGACUGGUAAAAGAGUAGGGUCAGUAGAUGGUGCAGACACAUCUACACAAGAAGAGGAAGACGACGACGAUGAAGAAGAGGAGAAGAAGGAGGAGGAGAAGGAGGAGAAGGAGGAGAAGGAGGAGGAGAAGAAGGAGAAGGAGAAAGAGAAGGAGAAGGAGAAGGAGGAGGAGGAGGAGGAGAAGAAGGUGAAGGUGAAGGAGGAGCAGGAGGAGGAGGAGAAGAAGAAGGAGGAGAAGGAGGCGGCGGAGGAGGAGGAGGAGAAGGAGAAGGAGAAGGAGAAGAAGCAGGAGAAGGAGGAGAAGGAAGAGGAGAAGAAGCAGGAGAAGAAGGAGGAGAAGGAGGAGAAGAAGGAGGAGAAGAAAGAGAAGAAGAAGAAGGAGGAGGUCGCGUCCUCUAUAGUGACGGUUAUAUCUUCCAACUCUGGUGGUGCUUAUGAGAGCACUUCCCAGGGAAACACCUCGGUUCGGACGAUGGCCAAGCCCAUUGACCUCUUGAUCGCCCCGCAGACAGAUCCUGACCAAUCGAUGCUAUGUUCGAUGGAUGUGUUUGAGUCCUUAGAGGAGUUAGAGACUGAAUGGUUAGAGAAAGACCCUAGAGACUCUUGGGUGAUGUUGAACAAAGGUCCAAAGGUUGAACAUCUCCUGGUAGAAGUCGAUGUAGGUGGCCGAAAAGUUGGUGCCUUCGCAGACAUAGGUUCUACACGAAAUUUCAUCAACCGUGCUUGUGUGGAUACGCUGCGCAUAGGGGACCAAGUGCAACGGCUUAGCAGAUCUGUAGCAUCUACCUUAGCCAACAAACACUCUAUGAUAGUCAGAGACUAUGUAAAGGACGUAGUGCGCACCUACUCCUAUGAAGGAGGGGAACUAAGACACAAGAUCUCGUUCCUAGUGAGCGACGAGCUGCCAUUCGACAUGUUGCCAGGCAUGUACUACCUCGAGGUUGCUAAGCCUCAGUUCGAUUGGGAGAGAAAGGUGAUGAUCUACAAGUUGCCAGAUGAAAGGACCGUUAGGCUGCAAAAGUUUAAGGCUAGCAGACUAGUGGAGAACUGUGGUUGCAUGUGUGCGUCGUCGUUCUAUAACUAUUACAAGCAGAAUCAUGAGGAAGGUAUGUACGUAGUUGUUGUUUAUGAGAAAGGGAAGGCCGUAAAAUCACCCCCAGAGAUAGAAGCAGUCGUUGCAUAGUAUUCAAACCUUUUCGAGGAUCCUAGGGGUCUGGUAGAAGGGAGAUUGUUCACGAAAUUGAAGUCGUCCCCAAUAGCAAGGUACCUAGAGGGCGGAUCUAUAGGAUGUCUCUUGUGGAGUUAGACAAGCUCCGCCGCCAGCUCAAGGAGCUCACGGAGAAGGGCUGGAUUCGGCCAAGUGCGUCCCCCUACGAAGCGCCAGUUCUAUUUGUCCCAAAGAAUGGGGGGACACUAAGGAUGUGCAUUGACUAUAGGGACCUCAUGCCAUCACUGUUAAGAACGCAAAGCCCCUACCACGCAUUGACGACCUCUUGGAUAAAGUGCAGGGAUGUCG